AUGCCUUCCUUGAUCCUUUUGUUGUUGCACACAAUAUCACUGUCAGUUAUUGAAUCUUUCGGUGAUGUACCGCCCAUGCUGACCAGCUGUAGCAAAGCUCUUCUUCUUCCGCUCGUCGUUCCUGUCACCGGCUUCGGUAUUUCUGCUUUCUUUUCUUCUGUUAUCUUGAAGCUUUUGAUGGGGCUUUUAGGAGUUUUAAGCCCACACCUCCCUUGGACGUCCGGUUCACUUUCUCCUUUGGCCGAAUGGGCCUUGCUUUUGCUAGCAAGUGGGCUUUUGGAUUGGGCUGUUUCUUGGACAACCCCUUCGUCUGGUGAUGGAAUUCUGCUGAAGCUGGUAUGGCUCCCAUUUGCACGCUCCUCUCUCUGUUUUCCUUGAAUGUGAUUAGACAGAAAGUCCUCAAUUUCUUUGCUUUCCUCAAGAAAUGUCUU